AUGUUUUCGACAAAUUCGACAUCACCUCCAUCGCGCCGCGCAUCCUGCUCGCCCGUGCUUUCCCCCACCUUCCCCUCAUCGCUUCCCCUCUCCCACUCCCCCACCUUCGCCUCAUCGUUUCCCCUCUCCCACUCCCCCACCUUUCCCUCCUCCCUUACUUCCAUCCCUCCCACGCUUCCGCUUCUCCCAAGGCUCAAUAAGCUUCCGCAGGUGCUUCCGGGGGAAGAUGGCGCACUCUCCCCGCAUCCCUCCGACCUCGUUCCCGCGCUAGCCGCUGCGCCCGCCACCGCAGGGGAAAAACCGGAAUCCGUCACGUCUGCAUCAUCCCAACAGGGAAAAGCCGGCGCCGCCACCGCCGCCGCCGCCGAAGCACCAAAGACCGCAGCGGCGGCGCUUGGAGGGCGCGAGCUGCUGUUCGGCGCGGUCGCGAUGCUGUUCGCGUGGGCGGCGGUGGGCUCAGUCGCUGGCCCCGUUACAAUGACAUUCCUGUUCCAGUUCGGUUCGCCGUCCCUCCCGUUCCUCUUCUCCCUCGGGAUUGACGCCGCGCUGUUGUUCCUCCUGCUCUUCGUCCUCCCCUGCUGCUGCGGCGGCCGGCGCCGCAAUAAAGUCGCUGACGUGGAAAGUGUAGCUUCUGCUGUAGCUGCUGCGAAGGCGAAAGACGGUUCUGGAAAAGCUUAUAUCGAGUACAAUGGUACUAUAAGCGGGGGUAGUAUUACGGAAGCGCCAUUGGCAGAUAGCUUGCCGACGUGGCAGCUACAGGUGUCGGAGCAGGAGCGGCCCGUCGUGUACCGAGGCGCGCCCAUCUUCGCCAUUCCUUCCAGAAGCUCCUCCCUCACGCGCUCCACGUCAGCACGGUCCUCAUCCAGGUCAGCGGCGGCAGACGUGCCCCUAUCUCCCAUGGGAUCCUUGGAAAGAGGGCAUGUGGAAAUCGGGGUUCUAGGCGUGGGAGGCCCGGGACAGACGCAGCAGAUAGAGCAAAACGAGGAGCAACCGCAACAGCAACACCAAAUGAGCCAGCACCAGCAGCAGCAGCAGGUGACACCCCAGCAGCAGCUAAUCACUCCAUCAGCAAAAGUCCAAGCGUGGCAGGAGCAGCAGCUGCAGCACCACCAGAAGCAGAAGCACAAACACACCGCUCCUCACCCCUCCACAACCCACCACUCCACCCAGCAGCCCUCAGCCGUCGAUCCCACCAAACCCAAGCAACACCGCCCGAAUCAACGGCUGUCAGCGCUCCGUCUCUUCGCCACGAUGCUCACAGACGGCACCUCUGCCACCCUGCUCGCCCUCACCUUCCUGCAAACCCUCUCCAACGGGCUCCUAGAGGUCACCGUCUCGUUCUUUCUAGAUAACACCUGCGACCACUCCCCAUCCGAGAUCGGCAUUUCCAUGGGAAUCAACGGCGCUUCUUACGCGCUCUUCUCUCUCCUCUUCGGUGGUUACCUCAUCCGGAAACUGGGUCCUCCCGCUACAAUCACGCUCGGGGCCGCCACACUCGCCGCGACGCUCCCUCUCCUGGUCAUCCCGGGUGUGUCAUGCCAGCUGCACGUUUUAUACCCGUUAAUAGCUCUCACAGGAGUGGCGUACUCGUUAGUGGAGUUCCCCAGCCUGCCGUGUAUAAUCCAGGCGUUGGACAAGCGGGCGGCAGCUGGGGAAGGCUUGUCUGACGUGGCGCUUGCAGUGGGGAUGUUUAAUUUGGCGUAUACUGCGGGGUAUGCUUCAGGGCCGCUGCUGUCGGCGCUGCUGGGUGUGUGGCUGAAGGCCUGGCAAAAAAUGGCGGUUAUAUCGGGUGCGUUCGUGUUGCUGCUGCCGUUCCUCUGCUGCAUGCGGAGAUGA